ACCACAACACAACACAAAGAACACUUCCAAACUCCCUCAAGAACACAUUAAUUCCCAAAUGGGGGGUUCUACUUGCUCUUCCCCCAAGACAACAACCAACAAAAAAACAUUAACAGGAGCAGGCAAUCUCAUCAAGCUCCUCCCCACCGGCACGGUCUUCUUGUUCCAAUUCCUCAACCCUGUCUUUACCAACAAUGGCCACUGCUCCACAAUCAACAAAUACCUAAGCGCCAUUCUCAUCGGCAUUUCCGGUUUCUCUUGCUUUUUUGCUUCCUUCACUGAUAGUUACACCGGCAGUGAUGGACAAACCCACUAUGCGGUUGUAACACCUAAGGGUCUUUGGCCCUCAACAAAUUCCGACUCUGUGGACUUGUCUGCUUAUAAACUUAGGGAUGGGGACUUUGUGCAUGCCUUCUUUUCCUUGAUUGUGUUUGCAGUUGUAUCACUUUUGGACACCAACACUGUCCGGUGCUUCUAUCCAGGGUUUGAGUCCACUGAGAAGGUUUUGCUGCAGGUGUUGCCUCCUCUCAUCGGUGCAAUUGCCAGUACUGUUUUCGUUGUGUUCCCUAAUAAUCGCCAUGGAAUCGGAUACCCCUCCUCAAGUUCUGAUUCUUCACAAGACUCAGACAAAUCCUGAAGAAAUUGAAGUAUCUGAGCUUCUUGUUUAACAAGUCCUAAACAAGUACUAGUGUUUGCUCACGCAAGUUUAUGGUUGUCAUUGUUUGUUUAGUAGUUUGCCUAAGUUUGAUUAAUUUCUUCCGUAUCGAUCCCUCUGGAAUGUAUGUAACAAGUUUCUAUUGUUCGCUAAAAUUUCCAUUUAUGAAUUAUAACUUGAUCUCAAUUCUCAA